AUUUAACAGGUCAAUUUAACUACAAUAUUUAGUAGUUGUAAAGUUAAACUAAUACAUUUGUCUUGAUGGAGGAUAUACAAAAUAAAAUUUCUAAAAGCAAUCUAGGACGAUGCUUUAACAGAACAAGAAGGAGCUGAAGAUACUGUAUAAAUGCAAACGUAUUUCCCUGACGUGUCCAUUCAUCUUUCAAACGUCCUUGAUGAAGUGGGUUUGGACGAGGGGACACUUAAUACUCGACGAAGGACGAGCAGUCUGCAAGAGAGUGCAGUUACGUUACAACUAGAACAGGGCAACUCAAAGUCCAUGCGCUGUCACUAUUUUGGAAGUCGAACGGAAGGGACAACUAUACCAGGAUUGAACUCUGACCUAGAUGUAGUGUUAUCAGACAACCAUGUAAACAUUAUUCAAAACAUUGAUGAAUCUGUAGAAUGUGACGAAGAAAAAGUGAGUAUGUUAAUGAUACAAGAUGACAGCGUACCACCAGGGUAUUGCCGCCUUCAGGUUUUAAAUUGUGAUACUGUGGAUCAAUAUUAUCUUGAAAAAUGUACCUUCGACAAUAAAGGCAAACGGUUGCUAGAAAAUGUCAUCAUUCAUCAUAUGGACAUAAACUGCAAAGAGGGAUUCGUACGCAAUGGCCCGGCCACCACAAAUACACGUUCUAACAUAGACAGAGUUUCGGCUUUUCUGUGUCGGUCAUGGUCAUACAAAGCAAUAUUUCCGGCUGUAUAUAAUAUAUGGAUUAAAGAAAUGUUUAGAGAUAUAAUACAGAGCGGAUGUUUUGUUGUGCCAACAGGGCAUUGCUUGAGCGAAGAUGAAAAGCUUGAAUGGCGAAUUUCUACAUCUUUUGCCGAAAGAAUUCUUAUGCGAAAUAUGAACGUGAUACAAAUAAAAUGUUUUGUGAUGCUAAAAUUAAUAAUCAAAGCAAGCAUAGAACCUCUGCUAGGAAAGUGUGUAACAAGUUUUCAUUGUAAAAAUGUGUUUUUCGUGUUGUUUGUACAUUUACCAUUAACGAUUUGGAAAAAUGAAAAUUUGAUCUUUUGUAUUAAACUUGGAAUUAAUUUACUGCAGUGGUUUAUACGGUGUAACAACAUUCCACAUUAUUUUCUACCUUCAAACAACUUGCUGGCUGGACGUCUUAACAGAAAAUCUCGACAACGCCUUUUGCAAAUAUUAGAUGAUAUGGUACGCACUAAUAUCCGUGUAAUACUGGAAAUAAGAACUGACAGUGUUGGAGACCGUUUGCUACAAAGACUUAAUUGUCUGCCCGCCCGUCACAUAAAGUAUACAAACGUAUCAGUCAAAACUGAAAUAUUUAGUGAAGUUUUGUGGUUCACAUUUUAUCUUAUACACAGCAAUUUUCUAAAGAUGUUGAAGUUUAUAAUGUCAGAUCAGUACAGCGUUAUUACAAAUAUAAGGCGGUUUCUCUUAAAACUUUUAAAUGUGAAGAAAGGUAAUGAGUCAGUGGAAGCUGUAGUGAAAAUGUUGAGCACAUGUUUAGACACUACGACAGGUUCAGUAAUAGCAUCAAUGAAUAUUUCAGAAAGCCAACCUUUGAAUGGUCUAGCUUACAAAUAUCUAGAGAGCGGUAUCGAAUCAGACGCGAUGUCUGGCAGACUAAAACUGAUUUGUGUAUACCUUUGUACUGAAAAGUACGAAAAAGCCUCUAAAAUGCUUCAAUCUAUUGAAGAAAAAUAUGAAAUUAACACAUUGCAACCAGUGUGUUCAUGUUUGAACAAUGUGAAGUUGCGAGGGCGUGGUCAAGGAUUUCGUUUCCCUGUUGACAUUUUAUUUCACACAGUAGAAUGGUGCCUUGCAAACCUUGUAUCUUUCCCGGUCGUUUUCACGCGUGCAGAGAUCAACUGUGUGCCUCACGCUUUACGGCACGAGUUUUAUCGGUGUACAGAAGAGGAACUUCAAUGUCUUGACGAAGGAAAGGAGUGGACGAAAUUCGCCAUCAUCGACCCACUCCCCCUUUUUCACUUUUUACAGUAUAUGACUAACAAACAAUUGCAGAAUGGACCUGCCCAGCAAAUGGCUCUUGAAAACUUUACACACACCGCGUUUAGAGACAAGUAUCUUAUCCAUGCAGAUGCUGCUCUGAAUGUACUUGGUCAGUGUAUGGAACUAGAAGGGAGAUACCAAGACGCGUUUGGUUGCUACAUAGAAUCACUCAAUGAAAGACCGACCCAUAAUAGUGCUAAAUGGCAUAUUUCAAUUCUUAUCUGGAAAACAAUACACGAAAAGUUUGAAAGGUAAUAUAAACGCUCUAAGAUAACGUGCACGACUUUCUCGGGAAGAAAACAAAUAGACUUUACACAAAACACCUCAAUAUUCGAGAUUCUUUCUAAAACUUGUUUGAAAAUUGCAUAUUUGGACAAAAACAUUUCUAUAAACUGUCAUGUUUAAAUAUGUUACCGUU